AUGAUUCGUUUUCUCUCACUUUUCCUUCUUCUUAAUGUCAUCCAAGUGGCUGAUUCAAAUCCAGCACCACUUGUGGAUACAGAAACAGCAUUGAAACAUCAAGCUGCGGCACGACUCAAAAUUCUCAAUUCUGAUGAUUCGGGAGAAGACUAUUUGGAAAAUUCGGAAAGUUCAGAAGAUGAUAACUCGGAAGAGAAAAGCCGCGCAAGAAGAUUAACCGGUGGUACAAAACAAGGAAAACUCGACGAAUUUGAAGAUCUUCUCAAAGAACCAGAUACUGAAGUAUUCCCUGCAUUAGUUAUUCGUGAUUCAGAAAAGAACAAUAUUUUAUUCAUCGAAGAGGCCGGAGGACAAACUUAUGACGAAUUCGACAAUUCAGAUUUGGGUAAAUUGUUUUUGGCGAAAAUUCGAGAAGUUGCUGCUGAAUCGGAAGAUGAAAAAGAGAAAAUAUCGGAUAAAAGCGAAGAGGAAAAUGAUGAAGACGAAUAA